CAAGUAAAUCUAAAACUGCCACAUCACAUCUUCCAUCCUUCUCAUUAUCGUCUCCGUAUAUAUUUAGCACCAUCAUCAUGGAACAACAUCAAAAAAAUUCCCUUCUUUCCGGUCAAAUCAAAUUACUUUUUAGCGACGAAAACCAAAAAUCCCAACAAUUGAGAUGCAUCCUUUUACUUCAGAAGCUAAUCAACGGAUUGCAAGAAUCGCAUCCCAUAUUAACCCCCCUGAUCCCCAGAUGGAGGGGAUUUGUGGGGUUCAGAGGGAGAAUUGCAGGGCAAAAGGAGGGGCAGCAGGGUUCAAGGUGGCUAUAUUGGGAGCAGCAGGUGGAAUUGGACAACCGUUGGCUAUGUUGAUGAAGAUGAAUCCACUUGUUUCAGUUCUUCAUUUGUAUGAUGUUGCUAAUACUCCUGGUGUUACUGCUGAUAUUAGCCACAUGGACACUGGAGCUGUGGUACGUGGUUUCCUAGGCCAACAGCAACUGGAGGAUGCCCUUACAGGGAUGGAUCUUGUGAUCAUUCCUGCCGGUGUUCCUAGAAAACCAGGAAUGACAAGAGAUGAUCUGUUCAACAUUAAUGCCGGAAUAGUUAGGACCCUGAGUGAAGGAAUUGCCAAGUGGUGCCCGCGAGCUAUUGUCAAUAUUAUCAGUAAUCCUGUUAACUCCACAGUUCCAAUUGCUGCAGAAGUUUUCAAGAAAGCUGGCACCUUUGAUCCAAAAAGAGUUUUAGGAGUCACAAUGCUUGAUGUUGUCAGAGCCAAUACUUUUGUGGCAGAAGUUUUGGGCCUCGACCCUAGGGAAGUUGAUGUUCCAGUCGUCGGGGGUCAUGCUGGAGUUACUAUCCUACCUCUUCUAUCUCAGGUUAAACCUUCAUGCUCAUUCACGCCAAAAGAAAUUGACUACUUGACGGAUCGUAUUCAAAAUGGUGGAACAGAAGUUGUCGAGGCAAAAGCUGGAACCGGUUCUGCAACACUCUCUAUGGCAUAUGCAGCUGUUAAAUUUGCAGAUGCGUGUCUUCGGGGCAUGAGGGGAGAUGCUGGCGUUAUUCAAUGUGCAUAUGUGGCUUCUCAGGUAACCGAACUUCCUUUCUUCGCGUCCAAGGUACGUCUUGGCCGCACUGGUGUUGAAGAAAUCUUUCCACUCGGCCCCCUCAAUGAGUAUGAAAGGACUGGAUUGGAGAAAGCAAAGAAAGAAUUAGGGGCAAGUAUUCAGAAGGGGGUUUCUUUUGUCCGGAAAUGAGACGAUCGCGGCUUUAUGAGGCCGUCCGGGAGAUUUUCUUCCGAUUAUAGUUUAUUUACUGUUUUUAAUCUGAAAAUUUGAGCUUCCCUUGAAUAAAAUGCUAGCGUCUUGUUUUGGCUGACAUAAGUUUUGAAGUGUUGGGUAAAAAUGUGGGAAGCUCUAGUCAUAUUUAUGUAAUAAAUAGAGAAAUCUGUUGAGCUAGCUAGGGACUUGUUCAUAUUAUUGAUUCCACACAUAAAAAUUAUGCCUUUGUUUUUUUAACUACAAUGAUCAAAUUUAAAACGUGUUUUGUGGCUUGAA